AUGGCUGGAAAAUUUAAUGGUGUACAAGCUAAAAUCCAAAACAAAUAUUCUUGCGCAGUUUAUACUCAUUGUAUGGCCCACCGUGUUAAUUUGGUUGUUGUCGAUAUGUGCAAAUUUGUGAAAGAAACUAAAUGUCUAUUCAAUACAUUAGAUAGUUUAUAUGUUCAUUUUUCUUAUCCCACAAAAAAUCAACGACUCAUCGACAUGCAAAAAAAGUUGGGGCUCAAAAUUAAAACAAUUGGUAGAAUGAGCGAUACAAGAUGGAAUUGUUGGUACAAAAAUUGUGAUGCUAUUUUAGACUGUUACCAAGCGAUUAUUCAUGUCUUGCAAGAAGAAAUAGAAAAUGAGAACGACAAAGAUGUUAAUGAAGCUAUAGGAAUACUUACUAACUUGCAAAAAGGUUCUUUCAUUGUAAAUUUGUUUGUUAUACGCCAAGUACUUAGUACCAUUAAUAUUCUAAGUAAUAUGAUGCAGGAUAAAAAUGCCACCUUAGGAAAAUCAAGUGUGAUAAUAAAAAAAUUUACAGAUGACAAUAAUAUUUUAAUAGAUAUUCCUCACCAAGCGCGAGAUUCGAAGAGAAAGCGAAGAGAGCCUAAUAAUCUUAAUGAUUUUAUAGUAACUACUACAACAAGUGCAAUAUAUGAACUAAUUGAGUCUAACAAAUCUGUUGAAGAUUAUUAUAGAACAAACAUUUAUUUUAAGAUAUUAGACUCCAUUAUAGAAAAUUUGAAAAGAAGAUUUUCCCCAGAGAGUUUAAGUUUAGCUAUUUCUGUUGACAAAUUUAUGCAACUUAAUUAUGAAGGAAGUUUGGUGUUUAUUAAUUAUUAUAAGGAUUUAUUGGAUAUUAACAAACUAAAUAUUAAAUCAGAAAUGACUGUUGCUAGAAAUUGCAUAAAUAAAAUCAACAACGAUUUUAACAUUGACGAUUUGAAAAUAACAAUAAAAAAAGAAAUUUUUCCAAAUAUUUACAAAAUGUUACAAGUAGCACUUACUUUACCAGUCAGCUCUGCAACAUGUGAGCGAUCUUUUUCGGCUAUGCGAAGAAUAAAGACGUUGGUAAGAACGUCUAUGCAUCAAGAACGCUUUACAAACCUUUCUAUUCUUCAUAUAGAGAAGGAUGUAACAAAAAAUAUUGAUACUGAAUGUAUUUUAAACGAAUUGUCCAAAUCCUCAAGGAUGAUGGUUUUAAAAUAA